AUAGUAUAAAUACUAAUAGUAAAGUAAUAGUCUAUACUAUAAGUCUAUUAAUAUUAAUUCUACUCUAUAGACUUAAUUAGUCUAGAUCUAGUCUAUAAGUAAAAGUAUAAGACAUAAGUACACCUAAGUAUAACUUAUAUAAGAUAAUAAGUCUACUCUAUUACUAUUCAGAAUUAUUGUGACUGUCUCUAUUAUCUAUAGUUAUAGUAAUAGUCCGUAGUUAAAGAAUAAACUUAGAUUGUCUUAGUCUUAGAUCUAGAUCUAGUAAAAAAGUUAAAGUGUAAACUCAUAAAUAAUCUGAUUCUGAGUCAGAGAAUUAGAAUGACAGAAUUUCAUUUUCAGAAUUGGUUAAUCACAGGACUCGUUCUUAAAAUUAAAAUGAUAUGAAAGUUAAAGAUUUUUUCAUUGCAAUCAUUUUAGUCAUUGCAAAUUAGAGUAAAGUAUUAAAGAAUCUAGAAUUACUCAUCAAUUAGAUCUAAAUUAUUUUAUACUAAAUAGAUCUAUGACUAUAGUCUAUAGUAUAGUAUAGUCAAGACUCAAAGAAAAAAUAAUGAUGGCAUCAGUAUUUAGGCUUAAAAAGAUAGAAUCGCUGGCUGAAGAGAAGUCAACAACCUCUACAGAUCUGGACAAAGAAGAAACCUUGUAUAAAAGUGACAUGCUAUUAGACAAUCCAGUUUCUUCAGAAAAUCAUGAGUCAGAUUCUACUGAGAUUAAAGCGGAAGGAGAUUUGGUACAAUCUCUAGCAGAUAUCAGAGGCAGCUUAAUACUCAGCAGUAAGAAGCCUAGUGAGGAUUACUUGAACAGAUGUGGCUACGGCACAUGGCGUCCAGAGUUUCUUCAAUGCUUUAACUCUCCGAACUGCUUGGUCUUCUUCAUGGGUCUCUAUUCUCUUGUGUUAGGUUUUAUUGUCAAUGGAGUUCACAAUGUCAAUAUUUCAUCAAUAGAACGUCGAUUCGACUUAGACAGCACCAACUUAGGUUUCGUUUCUAGUGCUUAUGAUGUCUCUGCUGCUGUCCUUGCUGUAGUUAUAGGAUACAUUGGCUCCGGCAAACGCAAACCAAGGCUUUUAGCCAUUGCUGUGUUCAUCUCUGCCAUGGGCUCAUUCAUUAUGGCUCUUCCACACUUUGUGGUAGGAAAGUACACACUGGGCAUGGCAACAGAGAAAAUUUGCACACUUGGACUCACCUCACAUCUUCAUCACAUGAAUGUUAGCAGUUGUACUACAUUGUCUCGGUCUUCACCUCUCAGUCUGUAUUUAUACGUGUUUCUAUUUGCUCAACUCCUGCAUGGCAUUGGGGGGACUACGCUGUUUACGGUUGGCAUAUCUCUCAUGGACGACAGCGUCAUACCGAAGAAAACCCCUCUAUACUUAGGUAUUAUUUAUGGAUGCAAUAUUUUGGGGUCUGGAUUGGGGUACAUCAUUGGGGGGCAGUUGCUUAAUAUCUACGUAGAUGUAGACAAAGUGCACUCUGUUAAGCUCGUUCCUGGUGACACCCGGUGGCUAGGGGCCUGGUGGCUUGGCCCCACGCUGGCAGCAUGUCUCCAGCUAAUAGUCUGCAUACCGAUAUCCCUGUUUGGCUCUGAGCUACCGGGUAGUCUAGAUGUUAGACAACACAGAAUACCACAGGCACACAGAGCCUCGUCCACGCAGCUUACAUCCAAGUUCAAGAACAAUAAGUUUAUGACCACAACCUUGACCGUGGUGAGAAACCCCUGCUUUGUUUUCAUCACUCUGGGCAUGACAACGGAGGGGAUGUUUUUGUCUGGAACUGCAGCCUUCUUACCCAAAUUCAUCGAAAAUCAGUUUGGUGUUCCUGCAUCUAAAGCUGCCGUAUUAUCUGGAAUGGCUGUAGUUCCUGCAGCAGUUUGUGGCCUAGUGAUGGGAGGUUUUAUUGCCAAGAAGUUUAACUUUACUAUCAGGCAAGCCAUCAAAUAUCUAGUCGUCACUAGCUCUUUGUCUGCAAUGGCCUGCGCCGUGGUCUGGAUCAGAUGUCAGGCUCCACAUAUCUAUGGCGUCUCCAUUCCUUAUACUAAUAGAGUCACAAGCAGUUUCCCUAUCAAGCUGGAUGUGUUGUGUAACAACAUGUGUAACUGCGACACAGAUGCUUUUGAACCUGUAUGCAAUGAGCACACCAGCCUCUAUUUCUCUCCAUGUUAUGCUGGAUGUGUUGUGCAAUCUGGCCACAUGUUUCACAACUGUUCCUGUGUCCCAGAGUUACUUCACCUGAACUUCUCCGACCCAAACAUCUCGACUGCACUGACCACUGAAAAUUGCCGGCCCCCGUGUGGAGUUCUCUAUUUAUUCGCUGUCCUCCUUUUCUUCUCCAUGUGCGUCUCUUUCCUGCCGAUAGCACCAGGUGACUCUGUUCAACUCAGAUGUGUUCAGGAAGAGCACAAAGUGUAUGCACAGGGAAUUAAAACUUUGAUUGUCCGAAUGUUAGGCUCAUUUGUUGGACCUAUCUUGAUGGGCAAGUUACUGGACCUGCAGUGCGAAACCUGGCGUGAGCGCUGUGGUCAGCGCCUGUCCUGCUGGCUUUACAACCAAGACAACAUGGUCAUUGGCAUCUACCUGUACUCAGUCAGCCUCAAAGGUUUAUCUGUCUUGUUCAGCUGUUUAGCCCUCAAGUUCUACCGUCCACCUGUUUGUACGAACGAGAAACCUCCUGACAGUAUAUAUAGCCAAGCUGAGGACAAAACAGGAGCUGAGAAGGAUGAGAAGCACCACAGUGUACCUGAAAUGGAGGAGACAUCAAUGUUAAAAGAAAAGCUAUGACAGUACCCAUAGGUUUUUAUUUUAUCAAGACACUAUUCAGAAUCUCAUCUGAUAAAGAAGUUGGAUAGACAUCAGCGUUCAUUUUGUCAGCCAAGAGACAAGCGUCUUCCUACUCUAAUUAGAUAGUCACCAGGAAGCAGGACACAGCAGUAACUUGUUAAUUUUAGUUGCUUCUCCUUAAGAGAAAAUAGAUUUCGAAAUGUCAAUUUGAGUAUAGAUAUAGAUACUUUAAUAUUCUUUCUUAAAAAUUAAGUUUAAUAUUAAUAUGAAUGAAAACUUAAUAGGUAAUAUGAAAAAAAAAUUAUUGCCAUUUUAACACUUCUGUCCUUCAUAAGAUAUCAGUACUAUUAGCCUCUUUGUGGCAAGGGUGGCUACCCUAAUUAUACUUCUGCUGCCAUCUUUACAUAUCGCUUUAAAUUAUAUUGCAAUUUGAUAUCAUGUAUAACUUUUUUUUAUUUUUUAAGUAUUCUCAGAUGUUAAAAAUGCAAACAGAACAAAAAAAAUUUCACUAUUGAUCAGUCAUAACUGAAAAAUUAUUUUUUUUGCCUAUUAAAUAAUAAGAUAUUUUUUUGGUAAUUGUCAAAAUAACGUCUUAAUCUUAAGUGACAUGGCAGGCUCCUGUAAAUUCACUGCUGAAAUAUAAAAGCUAAUUAUGUAAUUUAUUAUUGAUGCAAGGUUUCAGUCUGAAAAAAACAUAUGCAUGAAGAAAGUGAAACCAUUCUCCUUAAUUUCACACAUAGGUUUCUGAUCUCAUUUUUGCAACAUAAUAAAAAUUAUGAAAUCCAAAUUAGCCUUAAAACAAAAGAAACUAUUUUACUCAACAUUUCAAUCCAAAAGCUGAUAUUUAUUAUCUAUUUUGCUAAGGGAGUCAUUUUUUGUUUUAGUAUAUUAUUAUCUAUGUAUAUAAGUAUUUGGUUUAUUAUUUAACACAACUUGUAGGCAAUAUAUUGCCACAGGUGAUAUGCCAGAUUGCUUUUUGUAGACUCCGUAGCUGAUGUCAUGCUUUUUAUUUUGAUUUUUUUCUGAGCAGACGUAACAUUUUUACAAAAAAAUGGUUUUCAAGUUGGCAGUUGUGGGAACUGGUUAAAAUGUAUCAAUCCUCAGUUUUGUUCACAUUCAUCUCAAUCUCAAGUUCAGUCUCCAGUUAUUAUCUAUCCACUUCUGAAUUUUCUCAUAAUUUAUUGACCAAACUGUGCCCAUUGGGGUAAAAAUGUUUGGCAUCCUUAGGAAGACAGUGCAUUGCUUCAAACUGUCCUAAUGUUCAUGCAUCUGUACACUUUAAUUUUUGCUUAGAUUUCAUAUGUUGUUCAAUGAAACUUUCAAAAUGGACUGUGGGCAGGAAAAACUUCAGCGGCUCUUCUCUUCUCAUAUCACCCUGCUUCAUUUAUUUCAUUUGCUCUGACUUCUCUUUGGCAACUUUCUUAAUAUAUAGAGUUUUCUAUCAAGCUGACAGAUUAUGUUAUGGAUUUUUUUUUUAAUAGUGGUGCCUAAAGUGUCAGGAGUUAAAUUUUUCAUUUUGUUUACUAGGGGCCAUUAAGUCUAAGUAGUUAAUUGUUUGCUACAAAUUUCUUUUCAGUUGAUUGUUUGACUUACAUUUUUCAUCAACCAAUGGGGAGACUAUUGAAUUUCUUGCUUGCCUGUUUGUAUCUAUAUUUUUUUAAGACAGUUUUUUUGGAUACACGUAUAAAAUGGGGAUAUAUGAAUUCAGAAGUCCCCACACAUUUGUGUGAAAUGAGUGCACAUUUUUGUGUGAUAGAAGCACACAAUAGUUGUGUCAAGCACACAAUAGUUGUGUGAAACAUUGUAUCUCUCAGUACCUGUUUAGUUACCUUGUGUGUUUUCCUAUGCCAAAUAUCUGAGCAAUACAGAGAGUGGCCUUUCCUUGCUUGAAAUGCAGUGUGUACCUUGGCUCUACUAUUAGACUCUACACUAAUACAUGGAUGGUGACUUCUUGUAACAACUGUCCUUUUUUUUUUCUAUCAGAAAUAAGUCGUUAUUUGUAUCAAUGUUUUUCUGAAGUUGAUUCCCCAUUCUUGCAAUCUUUUUCCAGAAUGAUGGAAACAAAGUAUUUAGGCCAUAAAGUACUUGGGGCAAUUCAAGUUUUUUAGUUUUGCCACUGAUGUAGGAUGACCUUGUGUUGACAGGGCAAGAAACACCUCCUUUGUUUUCCCCCAUUGUUCUACUUUUUAAAACUAAUUGAUCUAAGAACUUAAUGUCAUAUUCUCUUCUGAUAAGAACAUACACCCCUUAGUGCAGAUGUCUUAUUACACCAGUUAUAAAAAUUAAUAAUUUAGCUUUGUUACUUAACAUUAUAGUAGCUUGUAUUAGGUUGAGUACUGAGUUAGUUUGUAGUAAGUUGCAUUGUUUUGUGUUAUAAUUGUGUUGCUGUUUGUGUUGUGCUGUGUUACUUUGUUUCUUCUGUUAGUCUGUAUUACAGUGAAUAGCUGUGCUUGGUUGCAUCAUGUUAGGCCUGGCUAUUCAUGUUAACUUGCUACCUUGUGUCAUGUUUUUGCCACUUUGUAUCGCUUCACAUCUAGUUCAGUGAGAUUUGGAAAAUUGAAUAGAAGACAGAAAUGGUUUUCUUGUGGAUGUAGCUUUAGACGCUCUUAUUUCUUUGUAUUAUCUCAUAAGUGAAAAACCUCGUCAACAUUAAGUCUCAUCAUGAGGCUGGCCCUUGGAAGCAUACUGAAGACAGAGAAUAUUAAAUGAGACUUUCCUUACAGUGAUUUUAUGAAAAAUAUUAUUGAGCACUGAAGUAAAUAGGUGUACACAUUGCGCACAGGAUUGUCUCCCUUGGCAAACUAAAUAAAAUAAUCAGAAUUAAACAAAAGAUUAUGAUUUUUUUAAAAUUAAUUGUAUAAAAGUUUAUUUUUGUUAUUAAUUUCUAACAAAAAUUUUGAGAUACUUUCAAAAGAACUAAGUAAAGAUAUUUAAAUGAAAGGUUUUUAUAGCUGCAGUAUUUUCUUAUUUGGCUUCCUUCCAUGAAUAUUGACAUCAUAGAUGAGGCUCUGUGUAUCAAGUAUAUCACACUACCAGGUCCCUGGAUUCACAGUUAUCUUUGUUUUUUAGAUAAAACAAGUAAACUAUUUCAAUUAUGCUAAUUUUUAUCCAGACCUUACCACUGAUAUUUUGGGAUAUACUUUGAGUCCCUUGUAGCCUUUCAUGCAUCCAGAUCUUUUGAAUGCUAGACUUUGGUUUACAAUUAUCUUCUAAAAAUGUGAAUCUUGGAUACAGCAUUGAUCAACUAAACUUUGUAUCUGUAUAUAGUACAGUCAUUUUGUUCUUUGUUGUUCUUUGUUAAUAGGGUUUGUUUUAUUCAGUGAUAAAACUAUAACUUAUUUACCUCAGUGACAUCUGAAUGUCGUGAUUUCUUGUUGAGUUCUCUGACCCUUCCCCUUGACAUGUUGGUCCACCACCCAGUAGUGGUUUCAUUGUUUUCUUCAGUCUGGUUUGGCAGUGUCAGUAUCACCAGUGAUUUGUUGGUUUUCACUGCAAUGGAAGCUGUAGCAAUUCAUAGCCUUCAAAGUUUAAUUCCAGGUUGUUUUGAGCUUAAGCUCAGAAUUUCCAAUACUUUCUUUUUAUAUAAUGAGUCUUCUCUGAGAAGGAAAAAAAAUGUUUGUUUUCUUAAUUCUAGGUCAGAAAUAUUUAUAAUAAACUUAUUAAUAAUGCCUAGUCUGUUUCUUAAGGCAAACACAAUAAGAACUUUUGGCCUUGAACUUGGGCUUCUGUGUUGCAAUACCAUUCUCUUUGUGCAUAUGUCAACCAGUCUAUUUUUUGGUAUAUAUUACAUUUUGUUUUGGUCCCAAUUUGACUUUACUGGAAUUGAAUAGCUAGUAAUUGUGAUAUGAACCUCUGAUUUCUCAGGAAUCUUACACCUUGUGUGUAUUACUUUGUUUAUCUAAAUCUAAUGUUGUUACUCUCAUGACAUUUUAAUAAAUUACGUAACAAAAUUAUGACUAACAACAUUUCAAUAUUUUAAAGGCAAAUUUACACAUUUAUUUCUGUUUAUUUUAAAUUUAUGGCUUGAACUGAAAGAUUUAUGUCUGAAUCCUCAUUACAUGGUUUGACAUUUCUCAGACUUUGUUCUUUGUGACAAGUUCUGCUUCAUGGGGGUUCAAAACUUCAUUUUAUUUGUCACAAUCUAGUUUUCAUUUAUUUCUGUAAGAGACAAAUCUUAUAAAUAAAAGUAUAAAAGUCACCGCUGGGUCCAACAGUAAAUGUACACUGUUUAAUUAUAGGCUCUGUUUUGAAUUAAUAAUAAACGUGGGAUGAUUAUAAUUCCAUGGACACACACAAUGUAUUUAAACUGUUUUUUUUAAAUACAGCACAGAGAAUAAAAGGGGAAAAAUUUCUCUCUUAUUAAUGAUUAAGCUUAAAGAAAAAAAAAAUUUGAUUGCCACAAAAGUUACUUGAAUUUCAAUAUUUUUUCAUUCGUAAGGAAACUACAACGCUUUCCCUAACAAUUUUCUCUCAGUGACCUCUGUGACCCUUUGUGAUGUCUUAUCCUGUAAUUUGUUUGUAGGUUUGGCUGCGAAUGCCACACUCCUUUUUUUUUUUUGCAUAGACCAACCCAUCGGCUUAUAAAUCAUUUAGAGUCCAUGCAGUAGAGAAUCUGGGUUUUUGUGUGUGUUGACAUUGGUUUUUGUUGGGGAAACAUUUAGUCUCAUGGACUGAAAAGUUUGGACUUCCUUCAUGUUCAUUACAUGUAUUCAAUUCUCUCCAUGUAUAGUUAUAUCAAGAACAUAUUUUGUGUGUUGAGGAUCAUAUCUCUUGCACAUAGUCACAAUCCCAGUGUUUAGAAUGUACUCUCCAAACAAAAGUUCUAAUUAAAAAAACAAAAUAAUUUGGUGUGUUACAGUUUUCUAAGAGUCCUAGCUGGAAAAAAACAACUAAAUAAAUACUAUCGUUGGAUGAAAUAGUACUUUUUAAAUUUUUUUAUGGACUAGAAAAGCGAAGUGAAAAACUAUUAACUUAAUUUUAUAAUUAAAAUUUUUUUUUUCAUAAAUGUCUUUAUUCUCAUUUUCAACUAAAUUAAUUCAAUUUUAAGCGUUUUAAAAAAUAUUUUUGUACUAUCUUACAUAUUGGUCAUGCUUUUGUAUAGGCUGCAAUUAUCAUGUGUUCAAACAUUAUUUAUAUGCAAGAGACCCACAUUGGUAAGCAGUCUGUUAAUUGAUCAUUGUUUGCAACUAUGAACUGUGUCUUAGCCUACCACCAUUCAACACUGGGCAUGCCUCAGCUCACUUCUGCAAAAUAAGUAUAAUGGCAGUGCUGUCCCUUUUAUCUUAUUUGCUAUAAUGCAUGGACUAUAUAAGACCAUAUCCUUGUUCAAGUCUAUAAUUAUUGAGGUGAACUUAUCAAGCUAUUUAUGUUAAACCAUCCUCGGCACAAAGUUUGAAGCAAUAUGUUUUGUAUUACUAUGUUUGAGUAUUACUGUUGUAUAUCGUCAUUAUAUAAAUAUUACCAUUUCACAAUAAUGCUUUCUUUUUGGUUUUGCCAGGUUGUAAGAUACAAAAGGAACAAACUGUCGCAUAUUUUUGUGUCACUCUAACAUCAAAUUUGGAUAUUUGUUUUCUAGAUAAAAUUAUUUACAUUUUGAUAGGGCUAUAAUUUGUACUAGUAUUAUAUUUGGUUUUUGGUCUUUAUCAGUUUUGAUUAAAUAUAAAUUUUACAGUUUAUAAAUCUAUUCUAUGUCAUUUUCUUUUUUGUUUUUGUCCUUAGGUGAAAAAUCAGAAAAAAAAUUCAAUUUUGACAUGAAAAUAACAUGCUGUAAAUGAGAUUUCUCAUCAAUGUACGUGAUUUCUAUAAAGUCAUCUCAUCUUGUCUUAAUAUUGGUGCAGAUUCUUGUAGAUAACAUUUUGUUUUGAUCACGUCCAAUCCAUGUUUAUUUUGCUGAUGUGUAUGCAACUAAUUUAUCAGAUUUUUCAUUUCUCAUUUAAUAUCAUUUCUUCCAGAAAAUAAAACAUAUAGGAAAAAAAAGUUAUGGCUUAAGGAUGAUUUUUUUUUUGUUACAGUUUGAUUUAAAUUUUAUGAUUUUUAUUGUUAUUUGAUUUAUUUUCACUAUUUUCUUUUUUUUUACUUAAAAAUGAAAUGACUUUUUAAAAUAUGUAACUUAUUGAAAAUAGCUCUUAACCAGCAGUUAAUAAAAGUAUCUUUUAAUUAUUAUUUUAUUUUAUUUUUACCAAAUACUUUUUUGUUGGAAUUUGUUUUAUUUCUGGAAAUAAAAAAAAACUUGUUCAUUAUUUUCUUUUUUUUAUAUGUUUAUUUGUUACAAUUCAGAAAUCCAUUUAGCGUUUGGUAUCGUUGUAACUUUAUUGUUUAGGCAUAAACAUAUCUCUUGAACAGAAAAGUUGUAAUUUAGUUUUAUUGCUUAGGCAUAGACAUAUCUCUCAGACAGGUUUUAAGAAAAUAUAAGGUUCUUACAAACAUUUAUUACUAGAAAUAACUGUUUGUUAAUUAUUACUUUUUGAUUCAUUUAACAUUAGUUUCUAUAAAACAUAGAUAAACCUUAAAAUACUAAUGUUUUGAAAACCCGUGUACAUUGUUCAACUUUAUGUUGAUUCUUGUUUUAAGCAGUUCAGUUUUCAUAACUUAUGUAAAAAAUUUUAAAUUCCUUUUUGAAACUAAAAAUUUUAAACUCUGAAAAUUAUGGAAUUACAAUGAUAAAAUUUUUUAUUUAUCAGUUUAUGUCACUGUAUCAUAUUAAGUUCUUGUUAAAAGACUUCAGUUCAAACAUUUUUAAGUUUUUUUUUAGCUGCACUAAUGUACAAAUAAGUUAUUGUUGAAAGACUUCAGUUCAAACAUUUUAAAGGUUUUAUUUAGGUGUGCUAAUUUACGAGUAAGUUUUUGUUGAAAGACUUCUGUUCAAGCAUUAUCUUCUUCCAGAAUGUGUUCAUUGUUCUCUCAUCUUGCCACAUUUAUUCUUACACGUGUGUACUAAAUACAGACACUGUAUGCAUUCAUUCAUAUAUUACAUCAAUCCCCUUAAUGCAUUACCACCAAUACCCUACUGCUUUUAGGGAAAAAUUAUUAGUGAAACAUAGUAUUAAACAACUUGAGAAUCAACUAAAACCAUCAAAUAGAGAAAUGUUAUAAAGCUUAUCAAUUUGGUGGUAUAUGUGUUAAUGAGGAUGUCAAAGGGCGUCAACAAUGUCCUACUCUCUUUGUUUAGCUAAUGUCAGAUACCAAUUACAGCUUGCUGGGUAUUGUAAAUCACUGAUUCUCAAUUUCAUUUUGUCAGUCAAGUGUCAUACCACUUAGAUAACAUGCCUUCUCUGUGAUUACUGUUCAUGCAUACAAAAUGAACUUUAAAUUACAAUAUUUUUCAUUUCUGAAAACUUGGGAAAAACACAUUUUCUUUGUAUUUCAUUAGAAUUCAAAACAGAAAUAAUCUUGAAGUACAUCAAUUAUUCAUUUGAAUAUGAACGCUUAAAAAAGUUAUUUUGGUAUGUUAGCAUCUAUUAAUAUCUUCUAAAAUUUGUAUUUGAAAUUUAAAUGUAAGAUCUAUUUCUUCUUUUCUUUGUCUCCUUGUUUCAGUCUAGCCUUACAUGACUUCUUUGUAUAGACUUGCUCAUCUGCACACAAGUGGCUGCUAGAAUUAGUAUUUCACUAACAAAAAUGUAAAAGCUGUGGUGUUGGCCUCUUAAAAACCAUUGGAGAAGAAAACAUUUCUAGUUUCAGCUCUAACUGUAUAGACAUAAAGAUUUUUUAAAAAUUUCUCACUGAGUGAAAUAUCAUGCGUCUGGAGUUUAUUUGUUUUAGAUUAUGUCUAUCAUUCUUAGGAAUGCAUUUGAUGAACUAAUAUUCAAUAUCAACCAUAAUUUUAAGAUUGAUUAUAUAUUAUUUCUUUUUUUUUUUAACUAAAAAAAUGUAAGUACUUUUGUUCAUUUUUUUUUUAAUUUUGAAAUCAUUUUCUUUUAUUCAUUGGAUUGUGCAGUGGAGAUGCAGAUUUUUGUUUUUUCUAAAACACUUUUGCUGUUUUUUUUUUGUUUCAUUACAACAAAUGUAAAUUUUUCUUUUAACUUAUUUUUUAAUUGAAACAUAGUUGAAAAUAAUUUUGUAGUGAUAUACUGAUUUGUUAAAUUCAUUUUGGUUCUAUAGAAGACGUAGACUUUUGUUUUUUACUUCUUGCCCAAGUGUGUAUUUUCAUUUGAUUUUCAAAACCAUCCUGGCUUAAUCACAAUUUGCAUAUAUCUAACUAAAAUAUACAAUGUUCAUGAUGAUAAGCCAUCACCAGAUUUGUAAGGCUGAUAAUAAUAAGAAAGAUUUAAAUGGCAGCAUACCAGACAUAGAUUUACUUCAGCAGUGUAAAAAUGUAAAUGAAGCUUCUUUUGACAGCAAGAGUUAAAGUUGGCAGGUUUUUUCAAAUCUAGAUCUAAGCUGUAACGUAGCAUCUUUUUAUUACUAGAUUAAAAAUGUCCCUUGUUUGGCUAUAUUGCCAGCCAUAUCUCCCUCCAAACAUUAUUUGUUAGAUUGAUCAUUUUAGCAAUGGGAGCUUGAAAUAUUUCUUCUUCUUGGGAGCUUGAAAUAUUUCUUCCUCCUGGUUCUCAUUAUUAUGUUGGAGCGUUCAGGUGACUAGUCCAAUACUGCACAGUGGUUUCCAAAUCAGGAAGCUCUCCUUAUAGUUUUCUCCUUAUAGUUUUCUUUCUACAGGGGUGUUUUAGGAGCCAAUGUUUUGUUGGGGCCUCCAGGUAAAGAGUGCAGUUUUCAAGGACAUGGUCAGCAUUCUCUGGUGACACUCCACAAAGGCAGAUUUCACUACUUAAAUAUCUUUCAAAUGCAUGACAUUUUAUACAUUAUUUUAAACAAAAAAAUAAUUCACAAAUGUACAAUGUACCAAGUCUCUUAUAUAGCCGUAUAUAAAGUAUAUCGUAUGAUUAGCCUAGACCUUUCAUGUGCUCGUAUCAUCCUAGAGCUCUUCUUGACAACAUACCCUCAUCACAUUCAAUGUAGCUACAUAAACACUAUGGUUAUUUAGGACAUAUAAAUGUAUAUGUAUUACCUAUCUAUAUAUUUAAAUAUCUUUUUUUUUUUUUUUUUUUUUUUUUGUUUUUUGGUGGACUACUCAGAAUUAUGAAAAAGCAUUUUUGAGAUACAAUUGAUUACGUGUGUUUGAAUAUUUAAAGACAAAUGUUCAUAAAACUUUGUGACAAUGAUGUGCUGUAAAGGCAGGUUGAAUCAUAGGUCCCUCAUUUAAAUGUUUGAGAAAAUAGGUAAAUAAUAGCUAAGCACAGUGAACCAGAAGACUUCCUUAUCUUAAUGCUAACUCUUACUUAAAAAAAUUGAGUUUCUCAAAUAAUCUUCAUGACUCAACUCAUGUUAGCUGAAAAGGAUUUGGAAUUAGGAGCCAUAGUUGGACUGUAAAUUACUCCAGUUUAGUAAGUUUCUGAAACAUCUUCAAAUUCUCAAUAAAUCAUUUUAAAACUAGGAUUCAAAUUUUGGCCCUUUGAUUUAGCACCUGUCUAAUCAACCAUGCUACCACCUAAUCCUAUUUUAGGACAAUGCUCUCAUAUUUAUGAGUUCCCUAAAAAGAAAAAAGAUAUAUUUAUGUAUGUACUCCAAAAAAUAAUGAUUCAGGUCAUGUCCUAUUUGUUUAUUACUGAGAUGAGCUUUUUUUUUUAUUAAUCUCAUAAUGUGAGCAUUAGAAAAUACAAGACAUAAACACACAUUUAUCUGAAUUUUCUGUGUACACAAGCUCAUAAAAUUACAAUGUAUGUUCUUCUUUGCUCUUUUGAGGUAAUAGAAAAUUAGAGUGAGUGAAAUCUUUUCUAUCAAUCAAGCCUUGCAAGAUGGCAAUCAUUAGUUUGAUUUAAAAUAUUAGUGUUCCACUUGGAGAAAAAAAAAGUAGGACACUCAGAUUACUUCCCCUUAUCCAAGUCAUUUUAGAUGAACACAAUUCUUCAAUCUGAAGACUAAUUAUUUCAAAUUAGGGAUGAUGAAGUAUUUUUUUAAGAAAUAUGACUGGCACAAUACUGACUUUAGCGACUUAAGCAAUUGGAAAAAAAGAAAAGGAAUGCACUUAUUUGUUUAAAAAAAACAAUUCUGACUUUAGCAAAGGAAAAAAACAGUUAAAAAAAAAUAUUUGCUUUUGUUAAGAAGUUCUUAGCUAUAUAUCUAAAUGCAAGUUUUUAAAAAUAUUUUAUAUACUGAAUUUUUGUUUAUGUAACAGAAUAUAAAAAGAAAAUAAAAAUACAUUUUCCUCUCUUGAUUUUAUUGUUUAAAAUGCUAGAAAUCUCAUUAACAACAAAGCUAAACAAAAUUGUUAUUAGAAGCCAUUAUUUUUUUUUUUUUAGUCUAAAAGUCACAUUUUCAUUCAAGAUUGUUUUUUAAAAAAUUAGAAGUUAUACAGCCCCAUUUCUUUAAUCUUUUUUUUUUAAUCUUCCUUUGGUAUUGAUUGAACUAAGUCAAAUAAGAAAAGGCUGUGAGAUUGGGAAAUAAUUAAUUAAAGCCUCUGUCCUUGCUGCUAUAUUAGUUUCCAAAAAUACCUCACAUAAAAUUGAUCAUAAGAAAAGCAACCCACCAAUCCAGGCUCUAUAAAACUUGCUCCUAUAUUUAUAUAUAUCCUGGUCUUGAUAUUAAUACUGUAUGUAUAUUUCUGAGAUAUUUUUAAGAUAAAAGCAUUUACUAGUGAGCUUGAGUCUUUAAUUUCUAUUCUUUGCACUAUUGGUGGGUUAAAGUUGACAUAUUGUCUAGUAAUAAAUUGUAAGCAUUUAUAUAUACAAUGCUCAUUUUUAUAGGGUGGCCCAUAUAAAAAUUGUGUGCCUCACAUAGCCAGAUGCCUCACUCUGAAAUGGAUAAGCUGGUGGAUAUCUUCUUCCUUCAAUGCUUGUCUAGAGUUAACCUUAUGUUGGAACAGAUUCUGAGUGAGGUACAUGCUGAUUAUAGGAGGAGGGCUACUGUCUUAUGGGCCACCCUAAAAAUUGCAAAAAUUCUAUCAUUUAAGAAAUGUAAAUACAAUUGUUUUAUUUUUUGGUUUUGAGAAUUUACUUUAAUAUGAGACACAAUAGAAUUUUUUUUUUCUACAAAAACUGAAAUAAAUUAGGAAAUUUUUGAAGACUUGCAUUAGAAAUAGAUAUUUUUGUUUAAUAUUAAUUAAUUAUUUAUUUUAAAAAAGAGGUAAUUUGAUUUAGCUUUCCUUUACAUGAUCUGAAAGCAAGAUUUUUUAAAUGUGAAAUUUACAUUAAGCUUUCUAGUACUCAUUGGGGUUGUUUGGUUAACUUAAGGUUAAACUUUGUUGCUUCACUUUUUUCAGUGAAUAUCAACUGCUUAAAAAUGUAUGUGGAAAUAGCUUUGUAUUUCUUUUCUUGUUUCAACAUUUAUUGUUCAAAUAAUUAAUGAUAUUAAUUGUUAAAAAAUGCCUAGUAACAUUUAUUGUUCAAAUAGCUUUUUUUUUCUUCAUAAGUUAAAUUUUCACAGCAUAAGCAAGUCUGAGGAAUCUGUUUAUAUGAAUGUUGAGGAAAGAUUUCUGAGGAGGGCAGUGGUGUUCUGAGAGUUUAACCUCCCCUGUCUUCUAGGUACACUGCACUUUGAAAUGUUAUAUCCUCAGCAAACAGAGAAAUAGCUGUAGGCUAGUUAUGACAAUUAAAUAUUGCUUUUUCUUUUGGGAGUUUUCUCUUUUGUCACAUUUUUACAUUACAGUAACUAUGAGAUAGAUUGUUGUCUUGUAUCCUAAAAGAUUUCAGUCUUGCUUUAUAUAGAUGUACAUUUAAUGCAGAGUUUGAUUUGAUUUCAGUGUCUUAGAUUGAAAGUAUUUGAAAAGUAAAAAAAAAAAAAAUUUGUUUUCAAAGACAUGUUGAUUUCAGGUUUGAUCCUCUUUCCUGCUUCAGCAACUGUCAGCAACUAUCCCCUCCCUCCCAUAGCCUCUUCUUCUCCUUGCAUAAGUUUUAUUUUAUGUGAUUAAUUUAGCUCAUGAAAAUGUUGGUUCUAUGGCUCUGAGUGAAGAUGAUUGCUUUUUCUACCCGGUGUCUUGGUAUUUGUACAUAGCAUACUUGUCAACUGAAACAUCAAUGAAUCUAGUCAGUACAGAGUAAUCUUUUUCUCAGUACGAAGUAAUUGAUCUGUAUAUUUAUGAAAAUGUGUAAUUGUUUCCUUUAAUGUCUUUGUAAAAAUUUUAAUUUUUUUUUUCUCUCAGCAUGUAUUUGUCAAAGAAAGAUAAAAGACUUUUUUUUUUGGACAAAGUCACUAUUGUUUUGAAAAUCUCAGUGGAUCAGAGCAUUAACCUUUUCCCACUGAUGGCACAAUAAGAUAAAUGUUAAUGAUAAAAAUGGUAAUCACAACUUUUCUGUGUCCAGAUGUAACAAAAAAAUGAGUUUGUGGUCUUCAAAAUGCUGAAAUGAUUGUUGGCUUAAAUUGGAGAACAUUUUGAAAAAACAAAGUAUUUAAUAAUUUUGUAGAGAUUCAUAGCUCUUGAAGUGAACUGAGAGACUUACAUGUUAACUCUAAACAUUUUUUGUAAACUAACAUUUUUGUUGAAGUAUAGUUUUUACAGUAAUGGAUGCAAAGCCUAGAAAGUUAUUGGAAACAUUCUACUGCUACACUUCAAAACAAACAGCUCUGUUAUUUUUUAUAAAGUGCCUACUUUGAUUUAAUCAGCUUUAGUUACAGAAGCCACUCUAGUGACAUCACAUUAAUCCAUGAAGUUCAUUUUAGGUCUAAACACUUAUAAUCUUAGGUGGUCCUUCUUAACUCGAAGAAUGCAUUAAGUCUUCGCUUAGAUGACUCUCAAGCGUUAACUAGGUUAGGCCAACUGUAGUAUUGUUUUCCCUAUUUUUAAAAGUCUUUUUUCAUGUCUUCGUCGCGUC